UCCCUUGCUUCUUGCGAUUUCCCUCCGCACUCGCCCACACAUAAGAGGAAUUGUGGAGAUUUGACUUUGGUCACUACUAAAUCAGGAAGUAGUGUUAAAACUUCUGAUGACUCCUUCGUCCCUGAAUGUCAGGCCAAUAAAUCGGAUAAAUCCUCAAAUUUAUCAGUACCUAUUCCUGGCUAUGGCAUCAAUAUGCAUAAUCGAGUUGCUGGAAUCAAAGGUGGAAAUUUGUUCUACGCGGACGCCAACUCUCUUCUUUCUAGGGCCAGCCAAUCGGGCCUGAUGCGUUGGCUGAAUCACCUCUUUUCGCCAUGCGUCACAUCAGGCUAUGACGUUGAAUCUGGUCACCGUUCUUUUCAAUCUUCCAAAGUUGGCAGUAAUGAUGAUUCCAUUUUACGUGCCGGACUUGAUAUUAUAGCGAUGCCUGAUGUUCUCGCUCCUUGUCAUCGAAUUGAGCGUGAGGUUGACAUCUCCAAAAUCUGUCCACUCCCGGAGCUGGCUCUUCGCGUAGAUCGGGGUGAGUUCAGGUACCAAAUGGCGAAAAAAGUUUGA